AUGGAGUUCUUUGCCGGGAGUGGGAGGUGCACCUCUUCUGUCAGGAUGCGAGGGAACCCGGGCUGCCCCUUCGAUAUCCUCUACAACCCUACAGACACCAUUCCACCCGGGUCCAGUAACUACAUGGACAUCAAUGGUGUUUCGGGCUUUGCGUUGGCCGUUCUCUUCUUACUUCGAUGCCAAGAGCACAACUUCUGUGCCUGGUUCGGCAUGAAAUGCAGUUCAUGGUGCUCCAUGAACCGCGGGACGAGUGCCCGCAGCGCCUGCAGUAGCACGGGGGACGGCUCAAAGCCAUCAGUGGCGUCUGCCAACCGAAUGAUAGAGCGGACCACGCUCCUGCUCACAUUGGCGACUGCUCUGGGAGGAACCUGGGCGGUGGAGCAGCCAGGAAGCUCUACCCUGGAAUUUUAUCCCUCGCUGAGGUAUUUUCUUUCCAAGCUUGCUGAAUGCCAUGGGAACAUCUCUGUCUGUCGUGUGGGCUGGUGGAUGGGAGCUUUUGGAGCUGCCACUGCCAAAAGGCAGUACGCCAUUUCGAAUUCCCCGGCAAUCCGCCGCCUAGACCGUGGCAAGCUGCAAAACUUUCCCCCGUCGCAGAAGCAAACAGCUGUUUACGGGCACAAGAACGGCCGCCAAACUUAUCGUGGGUCGGAGCAUCUCAAGCAAACGGAGAAUUACCCACAAAGAUUUGCCAGCGCUAUUGCCGAUAUCUACAACGAUCUGCGGGCUACGGCGCGUGGCUGCCCUGCUUUGCCACCAACCUUGCCAUCUGCCCUGCAGUCUUUUCAGCUGAAUGAAACUGCUCCUGAAGUAGCAGCGCUGUUCCAGUGUGCAGCCCAAGUUACCGGCGAUUUCUUGGAAACCGCCAGCCCCGAAGAACUUGAUGUGUACGCAGCGCAGAUCGCGGCCGAGCUAGAGGACUUGCACUUGCAGACCCUGCCAGCCCUGUCGAGUGAGGACACAGAGCAGCUACCCGAAGCUGCUACCGACGAUGACGACGAGGAUGACGAGGAGCCUGUUGCCAAGGUUCGCAAGUGUGGGAAUGGCAAGAAGGAGCUUCUGCUGGAUGCUGCCAAAGCACGUAUCCGCCGCAUGGUUACACCCAGGAAGCGCAAAGGCAGAACCGCCCAGGAGGCCGUCCCAGACGUCGUCCACCAGCAAUGGGGCCUCGGCACCACUGCAAGGAACAAUAUGGCAGAGCUGCUGCUGCACAACAAUGGAGACAAAGUGGUCUUCUUUGGGGAGCUGGAGCGAUACAUCAAAAAGGAGAACAAAAUCACAAUCGUUCGAGAUGAGGGGUGGUACAGUGAGGCCGAAAUGAAAUCGGACUUGAAAUGGACCAGAAUCGCCGGAGCUAAGAAGGCGUGCGAAGCCACCCCCGACACCCACAUACGGUCGAAUCAGUACGAUGGUAUCCUGGAGUAUUGGGUUUGCAUCAGAGAGAAAGGGUCUGUGGAGAAGAUCCGCGCGGAAUUGGAGAUUGAGGCCAACCGCCAGGCCGUGGAGGACCUCAAGAAGAGGGCCGACGAUCAGAUGCACUCAGAUGAGGUGAAGUCCAAUGUGGAGGCCUGCGCGUGCAUGAGUAGUGGUACGGACUGCCUUCAUGAUGCUUGCAGUUGUGUAUCCCUGCAUGUGCGCCAGCAGCAAGCUACGGUGCAGCGAUUCCUCGACUCCAUCCUAGCCAAGUGCACCAAGCUACGAACUUUGGUAAAAGAUUUGAGGAAGAACUAUGGUACUGAUUCGGACACGUCCAAGUCCGCCUUGGAAGAGCACAUCGCGAAGUUGGAGAAUCAGUACAACAUUGUCAGCGACGAACUGGCUAAGGGCAUGAGUGAGAACUACAGCGCAACGUGGUGGACAAACAUCAAUCAGAAAAUGAAGGCGGCUACAUUGGUGCAGCAACCUUACAACCAGGUUCUGCUAAGUUUGAGCAGCCGUGCAACUGCUGCAGAGCUCCAGAUCAAGCAGCAACCUCGGAAUGCGAAGAAGUUUUUCGGCCGUGCUGACGGUAGUGCUGACGCUAGCACUGACGAGGGCGGCAAGCGCCCACCAAAGGUCGCUUGCAGCGCUGUGGUCCGCGCUGCACGAGCAGUGGUUGAAGAGCUGCCAGUGGCACGGGAGACCUCAAUAGGGGCACUGGCUGCUAUCCACACAAGCAAUGCAGAACGGGGAUUGCACAAUUUGACCCGUAAAAUGAAGCUGGCUCUUCCUGUGCAAGUGCGCAUGCAGAAGCUAAUGUUGGACGAGGAGGCGCCUUUGUUGCCCCUUUCAUCCUGGGCCCGGUUCUUCAUGAGCAAGAAUAUGUGGCACAGUAUGAGUGGCUUGGAGAAACCUGACAGCGCCCGCUGCGAGGCCCAGUGGGAGUUGUUUUGGCAAAGGUUUCGAGGGGUGUCCCCCAACCACGACAUCUUUAAACUUAAGACGCGCGAGCAGCUGAAGCGGACAGCUGCAGUUUUACUUCAUGGCGAUGAAGGCCGAUCUCGCAAAAAAACGGCGAUAAUGGUUCUAUCCGCGCACAGUGUCUUGGGACGCGGCUCGGGCUUUCAUCGCUCUUCAGUCAAGGAGUACGCGCAGCAAGACUUGAACUUCCUCGGUCACACUUGGGGGUCGCGGUGGUUGCUUGCUGUUUUGCCACGCAAGAUGUAUGAUGACGAGCGCGCAACAAACUUCCAAACGGUUCUCGAAGUUUUGGCCGCCGACAUGAAAAACCUGUUGUUGGAUGGAGUCCCGUCGCUCUGCGGCACAAUGCAUUAUUUUGCAGUUAUCCAUGUGAUGGGGGACUGGCCCUUUCUACAGAAAGCCUUUGCCUUCGACAGAUCGUUCCAGAACGCUGCAAAGCAGCCCACUGCCAAGAACCCGGCAAAGGGGAUUUGUCACGUUUGUCGAGCGGAUCAGGAUGGUUUCCCGUGGGAGGACUUUGAGUCUGCAGAACCUCGGUGGAGGAGCUCGCUACAUGUUCACUUGCCGUUUCCCGAAUUUCCACCGCUUUUCCUCUUACCCCAUGACCGAUCGAAACCAAUGAGCUUUCCAGGCCAGGACUUGUUUCACGGCUGGCAUUUGGGGGCUGGCAAAAUCUUCAUGGCUUCGGCAAUGGCCCUCUUCAGCGACGAGUUCCCCGGAAGGUCAAUCGAUGCACGUUUUGAAGCAAUGGUUCAGGACUUCUUCAAGUAUUGCAGCGAGCACAACCAGCAGCCUUUCAUCAGAAAACUGACGCGCGAAACAUUGAGUUGGAAGAACACCACGGACUAUCCGACGGGGGGGUGGUCCAAGGGAAGUACAACGGUUUGCUUGGUUCGUUGGUUCCUUCAUGCUUGCAGGCAGCGCAGCGACAACAUUCCUGAAGAUUCAUUUUUGCGUGUUUGCUUCAAGGCAGCGCUGAGUAUCAACCUGUUCUUCUCGAAGUUGUACCGGCAACAGGUGUGGAUCCCCAGCGAAGCUGCCAAAGAAAUCUCACGCCAUGGCUUUGACUUCCUCAAGUUCAAUUCCCUUUGCGCGAAGCGCGCUUUCCUGGCGAACCGCCCAGUGGCAGAGUGGAGCUCCUCAACGGUGCGCUUGGAAAAGGGCCGCAAGGACUACUACUCCCUGACGCCUUACCUCAUCGGCGGUCAUGGAGCUGGCUACAAGAAGGCCAUGAGGGACCAAGCCGCACAGCACGUCGGCAAGGUCAAUACCGUGGCUCUCCGGGGACCUUCCCCUCAACUAAGGAUCCAAGUGGCCACCGAUGCCAAAAAGCAGCCCCUGAAUGAUGCAAACGCGGAGUGGGACGAGGCCACAGCCCCCUGGGUGAAGAUGGGCACCGUGACGAUCCCGAAGCAGGACUUCGAAAGCCCCGUGACGGUGGGCAACGUCGUUGGCUCCGGACUCUGGCACCAGGGGAAGGCAGAGUUCAACUCCAAGGAGUUCCUUUUCGCCCCAGGGCAGACGCCCCACCGCCCGCUCGGAGACAUCAACAUGUUCCGCGCGGAUCUCUACCCCUCCUACGAUCACGCCAGGCAGCAAUAUCUCCUCCAGAAGAGCCCGGGCACGCCGGCCAAAUGCCCCUUCAAGGACAUCGCUGCCUGGCUGCGCUAG